AUGAGUCAGCAGAAGACCACCAGGACAAGGGAGAGUUUCUUCCAGUCACUACCAGAUACAGUGUAUGGUGCAUUCCCAGACAUCACUGAACACUGUGUUUGGUGUGAAGAUUGGAACAUCAGUCUGCCAGAGAAGAUUGAAGCUCUGAGUGGAUCCUGUGUGACCAUAAACUGCAGAUUUGAAAUUGAUAACAAAUAUGACAAAGAUCUCAAUGACAGUGCUGCAGGAGUGUGGCUUAAAGAUUACGGAAGGCUUUAUUACCACGAUUUUGUUUUUCACUCCAUCAAAUCCAAUUUCUUAUAUGAAGGGGAAAUAACUGGAAAAUUAAAAGACAAAGACUACUCUCCCCCUAAACCCACAGUGCAGAUGUUUAAGGAUCAGAUGGAGGUUGAGGUUCAGGAGGAGGUGUUAGAGGGGAGCUCUAUGUGUCUGCGCUGCUCUGCUAAGACUCUCUGCUCCUCUUCUCCACCAACUCUCACAUGGAGCUCCACUGACAGACUCCACCUCAAUGAGAGCAGCAGACUACAGCUGGAUCAACAGAAUCAAACUGAGAUCAUCUCUGAUCUGAACUUCACUGCUACUCACCUUCAACAUGGAGUCACUUUCAUCUGCACUAUAACCUACCAGCUACAGCAGAGGAACACAACAGCACAGAACAACAUCACAUUACGUGUUCAGUAUGCUCCUAAAAACACAUCAGUGUCUGUGUUUCCAUCUAACUCUGUACUGGAGGGCAGUUCAGUGACUUUGAUCUGCAGCAGUGAUGGAAAUCCAGCAGUGUUCAACUACACCUGGUACAGAGAGAAUGAAGGACAGCUGAAGGAGCUGCAGACUGGAUCUAAUCUCACCUUUAAUGUGACUGAUCGUACACACACAGGACGCUACUACUGUACAGCCAGAAACCAACAUGGCACCCAUAACACAUCAGUGUUGCUGGACAUUCAGUAUGCUCCUAAAAACACAUCAGUGUCUGUGUUUCCAUUUAACUCUGUACUGGAGGGCAGUUCAGUGACUUUGAUCUGCAGCAGUGAUGGAAAUCCAGCAGUGUUCAACUACACCUGGUACAGAGAGAACGGAGAACAGCUGGAGGAACUGCAGAUUGGAUAUAAUCUCACCUUCAAUGUGACUGAUCGUACACACACAGGACGCUACUACUGUCAAGCCAAAAACCAACAUGGCACCCAAAACGCAUCAGUGUUGCAGGACAUUCAGUAUUCACCCAAAAUCUCUCUCUUCAGCUGUAACAUAACUGAUGUAACUGUGUGUUUGUGUGAGGCUCAUGGGAAUCCCUCUCCUAAAGUGGAGUGGCAUCUAUCUGGACGUCCUGUCAGUAACUCUACAAACACAUUCAUCAGUGAGGAGCGAUUGAGCAGCACAGACUUGAGGAGCUUCAUUUCUCUCCAUCAGUCACUUACACACACAGACACUCUGCAGUGUGUCACCAUCAACACUCACAGCACUGCUAGUGAAAAGAUUCAACUGCAUCCCUGUUCUCAUGAGACAAGUUUCAGUCUUUUCUCUGUGCUGAUUGGAGCUUAA